CAUUUGUCUCUCUCUCUCUCUGUACCUCUGCCUCUUUCUUUCUUGCUUGCUUCUUGCACGUUCAUAUUGUUCAACUUGCAACUGCACAGUAGCAACAGCAUCAGAUCAGGAUCCGUUCGUUAGCUUGGCAAUUGGAUGCGCCAGUACCAACAAAGUGCAGCCACUACGGCAUCCAGCUACAAUGGUGUUGUUGGAUAGGGCCAAAGUGACCUGAUUACGGUAGAGCUGCGUCGGCGGCAGACCACCCCCUCCUGUCUUCCCCAUCGCGAGCCCGCCGCCUCCGCCGUCCUUUCCUACUCCUCGCUGCCGCCGCCGCCAUCUUCGGCUCUCGGUUUCUUCUUCGCCUCCACUGGAACAAGACAGGGUAAAUCGAAUGGGAAGAGAUUGGAUUCGGUUCUGGAGUUAGGGGAAGCGAUUGGAUUCGGUUCUAGAAGAAGAGAAAGCCAAAGCUAGCUAGCUACCAUCAAUGGCUGCAGUCCUUGAUGCUUUGGCAUCCUACGUCCAGAACAUGCUGACGGAGAUGGCCAAAGAAGAGGUGCAUAUGCUGCUCGGGGUCUUCGGGGAGAUUGACAAGAUGGGUGUCAAGCUCGGGGACCUCAAGAACUUCCUCGCCGACGCUGACAGAAGGAACAUCACUGACCUGACCGUGCAGGCAUGGGUGAGAGAGCUUCGGGACACCAUGUACGAUGCCACCGAUAUCCUCGAUUUGUGCCAGCUCAAGGCCAUGGAGUGGGGACCAAGUCAGGAUGUGCGGUGCUUCAACCCCUUGCUCUUCUGCAUGCGGAAUCCCCUCCACGCCCACAAUAUCGGAAGCCGCAUCAAGAACCUUAACCAGAGGCUAGAUGGCAUUAAGGCGCGUAGUGCUGCAUUCGACUUCAUCAACCUCGGUUCCUACAAGGACCAUAAUAGAAAGGUGGCAUCAUCUCGUCGUGGCACCCGUGAGACGACAGGAGAGCUCAACGAGUCAGGUUUGGUCGGUGAGAAGAUUGAAGAGGACAUGAGAAACCUGGUUGAGAUGUUGACAAAGGAGGAGCAAACCCACCGAGAAUACAACAAAAUAAUGGUUUUUGCCAUUGUGGGAGUUGGUGGGAUUGGCAAAACCACUCUCGCCCAAAAGAUCUUUAACAAUGACAUCAUCCAACAAGAGUUCACAAAGAAAAUAUGGUUGAGUGUCAACCAAGACUUUAACGAGGCUGAGCUAUUAAGGAGAGCCAUCAUCGAAGUUGGGGGAGACCACCAUGCAGCCGGAAAUGCAAAGGCAGCGCUUGUGCGAACCCUUAAGGAAGCCGUGAAGGGACACAAGACCUUAUUGGUGAUGGAUGAUGUUUGGGACCACCACGCAUGGGAGGGUGUGCUCAAAACUCCAUUGUUCAACAUCCUAGCUCGAGGUAGCUGUGUCCUCGUCACCACGAGACAUGACAUUGUCGCCCGAGGGAUGAAGGCUGUGGAGCCAUACCACCAUGUCGACAAAUUAGAGCCGGAAGAUGCCUGGUCUUUACUCAAGAAGCAGGUGGUCGAAAAUGAAAAUGAUGAACCUAAGAUUGAUAUGCUAAAGGAUAUUGGAAUGGGAAUUAUAGCAAAAUGUGAUGGUUUGCCGCUUGCUGUCAAAGUAAUGGGAGGUCUCCUGUGCCAGAAAAAGACAAGACGAGGUGACUGGGAAAAUGUUCUAAAUGACUCUGUAUGGUCAGUAUCUCAAAUGCCUGAAGAGCUAAAUUAUGCAAUAUACCUUAGCUACCAAGAUUUGCAUCCUAGUCUGAAGCCUUGCUUUCUGCACUACUCCCUCCUCCCCAAGAGCACAGUAUUAUUCGUUCAUGACAUUGUUGGCAUGUGGAUUAGUGAAGGAUUUGUUCAUGGAGACUCACGUGACUUAGAAGGAUUAGGAAGAGAGUACUACGACGAGUUAAUACUGAGGAACCUCAUAGAGCCGGAUAUGAGUUACGUCGAUCAGCUAGCUUGUAACAUGCAUGAUGUUGUUCGUUCAUUUGCUCAAUAUGUGGCUAGAGAUGAAGCACUAGUAACGCACAACAGUGAAAUUGAUAUUAUUGGUGAACUUAAUCCACGAAAGUUGUUUCGGUUAUCACUUGAAACUGAAGGAUCAAAAUCAAGUGAGUUAGAGUGGAGUUCUCUGAAAGCACACAUAUCAUUGAGAACACUAAUAUCAGUUGGGCAUAUAAAGAUCAAGCCAGGUGAUUCAUUGGCUUAUUUUCCAAGUUUACGGACCCUACAUAUUCAAUCCGUAGAAUUCGAUGCAUUGGUUGAAUCGUUGUAUCAACUCAAACACUUGAGGUAUUUGUCCAUACAAUACACUAGGACAUCUAGACUACCAGAAAACAUUGGCAAGAUGAAAUUCUUGCAGUACAUUAGCCUUGCGGGUUGUGAAAAUUUGGUGAAGCUUCCCGGUAGCAUUGCAAAGCUACAGCAAUUGAGGUAUCUUAACCUUAAUGGCACAAGUAUAAAUAAUAUACCUAGGGGGUUUGGUGGUCUAACUAAUUUGAGGAAAUUAUAUGGGUUUCCUGCCCACAUGGAUGGUGAUUGGUGUAGUUUGGAAGAAUUGGGGCCUCUCUCCCAUCUCAUUAGGCUUCAUAUAAGUGGUCUGGAAAAUGUAUCUUCUUCCUCAUUUGCCAUUAAGGCCAGGCUUGGUGAAAAGGUGCGCCUAAGCUAUCUGUUGUUAAGUUGCAUCAGUAGACAUAGAGAUGAUGGCCGGUUGGUAAAAGAGGAAGAAAGCAUCUCUGAGAAAGAGCAGCAACAAAUCGAGGAGUUGUUUGAUGAGCUCUGCCCUCCACCUUGCUUAGAGUUUCUCCAAAUCAGAGGGUAUUUUGGUCGGCGGCUCCCAAGGUGGAUGAUAUCAACAACCGUUGAGCCCCUUGGGUGCUUGAGGAUUCUCAUGAUGGAAGACUUGCCUUGCUGCACGGAGCUCCCUGAUAGCUUAUGUCGGCUCCCCUGCUUGGAGUUCCUACAGAUUCUACAUGCCCCAGUCAUCAAGCAUAUUGGACCAGAAUUCUUGCAACCAUACCCUCACGAUCUAAGCUCUCUGGAUUACUUAGGUUCUGUUGUUAAAGCUGAGGUGCUUGGAAGCCCUGACCUGGAGAGGAUCAGUAAUCUCCCGAAAUUGCAAAAUCUCUUGAUCUCUAUAUGCCCAAAGAUGAAGAUCUUGGAGGGUGUGCCUGCUCUACAGAGACUCAAGCUGCAGGAUUAUGACAUGGAAACGCUCCCCAGAUACCUGCAGGAUGUAAACCCAAGGCAUUUGCAGCUACACUGCUCCUUAUUGCUGCUCACUUCCAUAGCUGCAGGGAAAUCUAGCCCUGAGUGGGACAAGUUCAGCCAUAUCCAGCAAGUCAAGGCCUAUGCAGACGGUUACAACAACAAUCCAAGGAAAUGGUACGUGCUGUACACAAGAAAUCCUUUCAAGUUCGAGACAAAUAUCAGCCCCUCAGCCUACGCUUCAGGGGAUGAAGAGGAGUAGGACGUGCGUAUGCGGACGAACGAUAUACACAUGCGAGCAGGUCGAGUGUUCAUCUUCCUUUGGCUGGCUGGUUGCGUCGAGUGUGUGCCAGCAGAUCCGUCAUCCGUCGCAUCGUCGGAUCAAUGGAGCCAAGCAGCAAUGAAGCCGCUGUCUACAGCUCGUCUGAAAGCGGUCAAACAUUCGACACUGCAAACAAAAGGAAACGAGGAUGCAAUGUGAUGUGAAUAUGCAUUUUGCCUUUUUGUGAUGUGUAUUUGUGCUCGCCGUUGGUGCAAUUUGCCGCUUGGUUCUUUCGCGUAGAACAGAGAUGCAUGUAUGAGCUGUGAAUUGUGACA